UGGGUGUAAGGAACAAAGCCUUGAGGUUGAGGGUUCGAGUAGUCCCAAGAUACCAAAGAGGACAAUAUUGUGGGUGGCGUCACCAUGGCUGCGGCGUGCUCUGAUAUCACAACAACGCGUUUUAAAGCCGUGAUGGCAAUGAACCUAUCAGAAUUCCGCAGUUAAGCGAGCUGCUGCGAGAGCAAUCCCAGGAUGGGUGACCUCCUGGGAAGUGAGAAGUCUGAUAUGGGGAGCCAAAAGCGGACAGUAUUGUGUCAUUGGGGGUGGAUCGUUACAAAUGGUAUCAGAGCCAUUGCCCAGCCUGAGAUGGUGGGAGCGUACACAAGCCCAAGAGGGUUGUUGGCGGGCACUCGCUGGGAUGCCAAGAAUGGGGUGAUCCCAUGAGGGUCGCCAGCGAGGACGCUGGGUCCAAAGAGGGGGUGAUUGUGACGUCCCACAUCGCCUGGGAAUGAGGACGUGCUUAUAUGUAUAAAUGCACCCUUUAUGACACAACGCGUCUGGAGCCCAGAUGAUUGGGUGUAAGGAACAAAGCCUUGAGGUUGAGGGUUCGAGUAGUCCCAAGAUACCAAAGAGAACAAUAUUGUGGGUAGCGUCACCAUGGCUGCGGUGUGCUCUGAUACCACAACAACGCGUUUUAAAGUCGUGAUGGUAAUGAACCUAUCAGAACUCCGCAGUUAAGCGAGCCGCUGCGAGAGCAAUCCCAGGAUGGGUGACCUCCUGGAAAGUGAGAAGUCUAAUAUGGGGAGCCAAAAGCGGACAGUAUUGUGUCAUUGGAGAUGGAUCGUUACAUAGCAUAAAUGGUCAAAUCACAAUUUUUUUAAAUAUUUAUUUGAAAAGUAUGCACGAAGAAGGUGCAACAUGAAACCAGGCAGUCAGGCACCAAUAAGGAACAUUUAAAAGGUUCAUUUCACACGGCUUUGCAUGAUGGGGGCAUAGUUAUAGAGAGAGACAAAGGACCUAUCUGUCAGGGGUACAAAAUACACCAAUCUGGAUAUGUGCUCAUCUCUUUGGGUAAUUAAGUUUAGGUAAAUUAGUUUUGUGUGGAACGGAUCAAGAGAGAAAGACACAUGGAGCUUCAGCAUUUCUUCCACCCCCAUCCGUUGACCUUUCUUAAUUACUGGGGAUAUUCAGAUUUUAAAAAUCCUUGUGACGGGUGCCGCGAAGAAAUAUUAGGUUUUAGUUACGGUUGCAAAAGUUGCAGGUUCUUCCUUCACAAAUCAUGUGGCGAACAACCGCCCGAGUUGCAGCACCCAUUGCACCCGCAACACCUCUUAUUCUCAAAAAUAGACCAACUCGUGUUCAAUGUUAUUUCUGCAAUGAAUCAAUACACUGGGGCUUCGCUUACCAUUGUUCUCAAUGUAAUUUUAACCUUCAUCUUAAAUGCGCUUCUAUACCCUUCACCGUAGAAGCUGAAUUUCACAACCACCCAUUGAAGCUCCUGCGGAAAUCAGUCUCCUUCACCUGCGAUGCAUGUGGGAAAGAAGAUAAAGACAAGUACUCUUACUUAUGUACCAGUCUCACAUGCUCACUCAUGGUCCACCGAAAAUGUGCUUCCUUACCAUUGACUGUCAAACACAUAGGUCACAAGCACACUCUCAACCUCAUCGGCUCUUCUCAGGUGAACCAAUCUGACCGUCAAAUCUGUGGUAUCUGUGUUAAAAAGGUGGACACUGACAGAGUUUAUUAUUGCUCAAAAUGCAAUUUCGUUGCCCACCUUGAUUGUGGUACACACGAGGGAUCCAUGGAGGAAAUAAAAAAGGAAGAUUCGGAAGUAGUGGAUGAAUCAUCCAUUAACGAUUCAUUAGCUUAUGCUGUCAAAAAGAUCAGGAUGGGUGAGGAUAAAAUUGAAAUAGCCGAAGAAAUCAAUCAUUUUAGUCAUCAACAACAUGACUUAAAGCUUAUUGAUGAGCUUCUUAUCAACAACGAAAACUGUGAUGGGUGUAUGUAUCCUAUAUUCCCUCCAUUUUACACUUGUGCUCAAUGCAGAUUUUUUCUUCAUAAAUCUUGUGUUGAAUUACCCAGAAAAAAGCAACACCCAUUUCACUCCCACCGCCUCACCCUCCUCACAAAGGUGCCUGAUUAUGAUGUCUUCCAUUGUAAUGUUUGUGGUCGUGACUCAUGUGCUAGCUUCACCUACCAUUGUGAGAAAUGCUGGUUUGAUGCAGAUGUACAAUGUAGUUUGAUCUCAGAGAUCUUUACCCAUGAAGGUCACGACCACCCACUUUUUCUGUCAAGGGCACCCUAUCAUGAGAAGUGUAGUUGUUGUGAUGGAAAAGGAAAUGUUUUCAAGUGUGCUGAUUGUGAAUUCACUCUAGAUCUCAGAUGCGCUACGUUGCCGCAUACCGUGAGGUAUCGAUUCUUUGAACAGCCCUUCAAACUGUGUUAUAGCACCAAAUAUGAUUCUGAUGGUGAAUAUUAUUGUGAUAUAUGUGAAGAAGAACGAGAUCCAAAGCACUGGUUCUACUACUGUGCAGAUCUCAAUUUUACUGCUCAUCCUGAUUGCAUACUUGGAAUAAACCCAUAUAAGAAAUAAUUGCCAUCUACCACCUCCUUCUGACAGCCUUGAGAUCGUUAAUUAUGUGAGCAAGUUUAAGGUUUCUCAUCGUCAUGUUGUGAUUCGGAUCGCCGAUUGUUCAUUAUGUUUUAAAAGACAUUCAUUUUUGACAUUUCAAUGAUCAUGUUAUAGUUUUGAGUCAAUUAUUGUUGAACUUGUUCAACUCUUUUUAAAGCUCCAACAAUUCUAGAAGAUGUUCCCUUGUAACUACCCAACUCUU